AUGCCAGUAUCAAGGUCACCGAUCAUAACAUCAGAUUCGAUUGACGAAAAACCAGAUGAAGCUUUGGUUAUCGCUGGACCAAAAUACCGAAAUGUUCGAAAUCCAACAGGAUGCAUCAUCAGUUUUAUCUACUCAAAAGCGUCAUUGGUAUACCUAUGUUUGGUCGCUAUCAUUACUACACUUAGCACUUACUUUUUUACUAUACAAGUAGGUUUUCGUUUUAAAUUAAUACUUACAUUUUGAAGUUUGGUUUAUAUUUUAAAGUUUUCUACUUAUUUUUGGGUACUAUAAUAUAGUAUAGUACUAUUUACUAUAUUAGUACUGAAAAAAAGAUAUUAAAAAUUGUACUACUAAUGAAAUACUCUUAAUAACUGGUACUUAAAAUACUAAAAAAUCACAUUUUAUUACAUUUCAAUUUAGAUUAACGACUCCAGCGUCCUCUGCAUGUUCAAUGAUUAUUUACCGGUCGACCAGGAGUUGAAAGAACUAUCACGACCUGUUAACUACGUAAGGAACUAAAACAAUUAGAUUUAGCAGGUUUUAUAAGAAAUUAUCUUAUUGUAACGUUCUUGCAAAGGCUAUAUUGCUAAUUAUUAUACACUUACGCAUAUCUUCAGGUAAUAUAAUGUAUGUGAAGUGAAGAAGUGUGUAUUAUAUAACGUUUUCUAAUAGGUAUCAUUUUAGUAUUGUCGCUUUUUGGAGUUUAGCGUACCAACCAAUGUGAUACAGUUGGUCUUUUGCAUGGGAGCGCUUUUCUUUGCUCUGAAUCGGCGGAGUAAAUGGUUUUUUACUGUAAGUUUCAAUUUUAUAACGUACUCAUCACGGUAGAGCCAUUCUAAAUUUAAAAAAAUUUAAAAGUAACUUUAAAAAUGCAGAAGUAGUUAUCAAUCUCCAAAUUUUAGUGCUAUCUAGUCCUCUUCAUCUCCCUAAUAAUCGGCUGUGCCUUAAUGAUGACCUUAUACACGAUGGACCUUCAAAAUUUCUUAAAACCAUCAGUAGCCAACGUUCUAACCCGAGUGGUCGAAAAAGACGAAAAAUUCUGUCAAGUUCUCGAACCAAUGCUGGAAUGUCGAUAUAACAGUAAAAAUGACACUCGAAUCAUUGAGAAACUCUGUGAAAAACCACGGAGACAGUACCAAAACAAGCCUGAUUGUGUGGACCAUUUGACCACGUUUUUGGACCAAAAGUACUGGUUGAUAGCUGUGAUAGUACAGUACACGUUGUUGAUUGUCAUUGGUAUUGUCAUAUUGCUACGAUCGGUCUUUAUUCAAUGCCGGAGGGAAAGGAAAAGGGCUUCCAAGUUGUCAUCAGCUCAUUAUAUUCAUGUCAAUGGGUUUCAAGAAGCUCCUUGA